AUUGUCGACAACAACAACAAACCGCAGAUGACUUCUGCAGACAUCUAAAGACAAUUGACUUACCAUUCAAUGGAUAUCUUGAAGGCGGAGAUCGAGCGGAAGCGCAAACUUCUGGAGUCGAGGUCAUUGGUUGACUCCACGAAGAAGUUCUUCAAACGCGAAGAACUGAACCACAAAUGGGACGAAGAGUAUCACCAGAAGCAGGCGCUCAAGAAUUCCGGCCACAAGUCGUCCCAAAAGACAAUCGAUGGCCAAACGGGCGACACGGAGUCGAGUGGGGGCGUCGGUGGCAGCGGUUCCAGCGGUGAACACAAGUCGGGCGAGUCGUCGUCGACCACCACCGCCAGCAGUGGUCUGUUAUCAUCAUUAGGACAGCGAAUACUUCCGCGAAAAGAAGUGAUAAAACGAUUGCGCGAACGAAACGAACCGAUAGUACUCUUCGCGGAGACCGAAGCGGAAGCGUUUGUCAGACUCCGGAAGUUAGAGCUCUUGGAACCGGAGGCCAGCGAUCAGGGCUUCAGAAACGACUUCCAGGAGGCCAUGGAGUCUGUGGACGCGGCAUAUCUCGAAGAGAUCGUGAAAGUGGGCGGCGAUAAGAGUAAGAAAGACGGCGCCAAUGAUGUGAAAGUGGUUGAGACGAACACAACCAUCGAUGAGAUCCUACAACUCGCGCAACACUUGGGUCGGCGCCGGGAUGAGGCCCGGGAUUGCGACGUAAUCCACACGUACAUGAAGUUCCUGAUGGAGUUGUGGGGCAAGAAGUUGAACGCCCGGCCCGAGGAGGUCAAGCGCACCACUCGCGGAAAGACCUUAUGA